GUUGUGAAGGGGGUUGUGGGCUCAGUUUGAGAGCGCGCUUUAGCUGCUCGUGCCACAAGAGGAGAUUUGCAAAGAUGCGUUAGCGAAAAAACGGCAACAUAUUUCAAUGUCGUUAUUAUUUCCUCUUCUAUUUUUUUCCCACUAAUUUGAACUUUGUUUCGAAACGAAUGAUGACAUGGACUUUGCAUGACGAGGAAGGCAUUUAAUAUCGGAUGUCAACAGCAUUUUACGCACCGGUUAAACACGGCGGAAGGGAUGCACUUGCUGCUGACACUUUUUGACGAAAGUCAAUUUAGCAUUGCAUAUUUGUUGGGAAACUCUAUUUCAUUGUGAUACGGCGUUUAGUUUAAAUGCAUUAGCGUUUAUACAAUCGUUGUCAGUAUUAGUUUGUGGCCGUAAUUAUUUGAACCGCCUGACAAACAUCAACGACAUUGAUGUAGGACAAGAGGACUGAUUCAUCGGUGCAUUGCUUGAUCCAUUCUUGAAAACAGUGUUCCUUCUGGACAAGAUCUGGGGAUGAGUAGAUGGGUUAUUAGACAACCAUUACCGGGUUUAUGUAGGUCGUCUCGGUCUUCACUUAACGUUGAAUAAUUUGGCUAUACCGCAGUAAAGCCUCAACCAUGUAUGCUGGACGGAAAAGAAGAAAACCGGUGCAAAGAGACAUCGAAGUGAAAGACCAAAAAGAGAAACAGACAGCUCCAUCUGGAGGGACCAAGUCUAACCCAUCAAAGCGCCACCGGGACCGUCUGAACUCUGAGUUGGACCGUCUGGCCAGUCUACUGCCCUUCCCAGAAGAGGUCACCUCCAGCUUGGAUAAACUCUCUAUCUUACGGCUCAGCGUGAGCUACCUGAGGACCAAGAACUUCUUCUCAGUUGCCCUGAAGACCCAGGCUUGCAAGGGGUUGAAGGCCAACGGUGGUAACCAUGACAGCAGCGAGACAACGGGAUUGGUGGACGGCUGGAUGCCCGAGGGUGAACUCCUAUUGCAGGCCCUUAAUGGUUUCGUCCUGGUCAUCACUGCAGACGGGGUCAUAUUCUACUCCUCUCACACCAUUCAGGAUUACCUGGGAUUCCACCAAACGGACGUGAUGCACCAGAGUGUGUUUGAUCUGAUCCACACUGAGGACCAGCAGGAGUUUAGGAGGAACCUGCACUGGGCUCUCAACCCCCCGGCCGUGCCCCAGCAGGUGGAGUCACCCCCAGAUGGAAAACCAGUCCCCAGCUCAUCCCUGGUGACCUAUAACCCCGACCAGCUGCCUCCAGAGAACUCCUCCUUCCUGGAAAGGAACUUCGUCUGUCGCUUCCGCUGUCUCCUCGACAACUCUUCUGGCUUCCUGGCCCUGACCCUCCAAGGCCGUCUGAAGUUCCUGCAUGGCCAGAACUGCCGGCUGGAUGACGGCUGCAACGUGCCCCCCCAGCUGGCCCUGUUUGCCAUCGCUACACCCCUCCAGCCUCCAUCCAUUCUGGAGAUCAGGACCAAGAACAUGAUCUUCAGGACCAAACACAAGCUGGACUUCACCCCCAUGGCCUGCGAUGCCAAGGGGAAGAUCGUGCUGGGCUACACCGAGGCUGAGCUCCGGGUUCGAGGCUCUGGAUACCAGUUUAUCCAUGCAGCUGAUAUGCUCUACUGUGCUGAGAACCACGUCCGCAUGAUCAAGACAGGGGAGAGCGGGCUGACGGUGUUCAGACUGCUCACUAAGGAUAACCGCUGGAGGUGGGUCCAAGCCAACGCCAGACUGGUCUACAAGAACGGCAAGCCUGACUACAUCAUCGCCACCCAGAGGCCCCUGGUGGAGGAGGAGGGAGGAGAGCACCUGAGCAAGCGUUCCAUGCACCUCCCCUUCACCUUCGCCACGGGCGAGGCCCUUCUCUACCAGAGUAGCUACCCCAUCCACGGCCUCACCGACUCACUCCAGGCUAAAGGCAAGACCAAAUCCAAGAAGGGCAAGCUGGACAAGAACCCGUCGAAGGAUAACGGUGGACUGGACCCCAGCUCCCUGCUCGGGGCGCUGAUGAGGCAGGAUGAGUCCGUGUACGUGUGCCAACCAGCCGUCGAGCCCAAGAUGUCAUUCCACAGUAGUCUGUUUAGUGAGGGAGGUGAGGGGAAAGGGCAGAGCAGUGGAUACUAUAGCGGUGGCCCUCUGGGUGGGGGUGUGGGAGAGAGCUGGAGCUCUGUGCCCAACGGGGUUACCACCAUCUCCACUGGCCUCAACGGAGAGCCUCCGUCCAGCUUCGACCCGCUGCUCGCCACCCUGGACUCACUGUCUCUGGAGGGGGACGAGACAUGCUCUAACAGCGAGCUGUUCUCUGCUCUGGAGAACCUGGGUCUGAACGCAGAGGAUCUGGAGCUACUGCUGCUGGAUGAGAGGAUGAUCAGAGUGGAGAUGGAUCCGGACUACAUCCCCUCGCUCAACGACCUGCUCACCAACAACGAGAUCCUCGCCUACAUCCACGACUCGCUGGAGAACAAGACCGAGGAGGGCCAGGGUGGGGAUAGUCACGUGUCCAUACCACAAACCUCAACCACAACCCAUCCCCCAGGCCCUAUCCUUAAUUCUGCCCUUAUCCUUAACCCUCAUACCCAAGCCGCCCCCACUAUGCAUAUCUCUACCUUCCACCCCCAAGCUACUGACCCUCCUGCCCCUCAACCCAUGUUACCCCCUCACAGACUACCAAAACAGCCACCCAUAGUGCAGCUCUCCCAGCAGAUGCAGCAGCACCUCAACUUAGUAAAGCCCGUUCUGGCAAAAUACCCCUGGCCCCCGACACAAACCGACGUCCCCACGCCAAGCCAGCCAGACACCCUGCAGCACACGAACUCACUAACCUUGGUCCAUAAUGGUCACUGGCUUCCCCAGCAGCAGCAUAUGCUUGCGGGGCUGGAUGACCACUGCCACAGCCUUCACCCCCUGGUUAACAGUAAGACAUCCCAGCUGGGGCCUCACUGGGCCGGGCAGCUCAAACAGCACCAGAACAACAUCCAUCUUCAGAGCCAGUGGCAGCAGCACAACCAGCACUUACAGGUCCAGCUUCAAUCUCCGUGUCAUUUCAAACAGCAGAAGGCUAGUAGCAGCAGCAGUGCCACUCUCAACGGGGUGCACCCUGAUCCCGAUUGGCAUAGUUCCAGCUACGACGACCAGUUGGGACUGACUGCUAAUGGAGCUAAUGGAGCCUGCACCGUCUCCUACCCCAACGGGCACGCGGACACCCUCACACACACUACAGAAGGAGAGGUCACUCACACGGAUUACGGUAUGGGUGAUUUGACUACCGUGGGCAUGGUCAUGAACGGGGUUACGGUAGGGGGCAUAGGUCACUACCAGGGACAAGGAGGGGUGACCGCUAACCCCUCAGACCAUCUGGUGCAUCACAAACAACAUUCUCCACAGGUCCCAUCUACCUACUUCCCUCAGUACUCCACCACACAGAACUCUUUAGAUUACAUCCUGGGGCUGUCACAGCCUCAACACACCAUGCCUACUCUGGAUGCCUACGGCAUUGUGAAUAGCCCCGCUUCCCAGGAUGCCACUCACUGCAAGAUGGAGAACGGCUGCAUCCUCAACGACACCAACGUGGCUUACACAGGAAGCUGUCUACUGCCCAAUGUGAACAGCCAGACAACCAGCGACAGUCUUCAGCCCGACGCCCUACAUACCCUGCCAGACCCACAGACUACUGGCUUCUACCUCUGAGAGGGGGGGUGGAGGGGGUGUCAGGGCAAAGAGAGACCAUUGGACCAUUUUGUCAGGACAGGGGGGGGGGAAUUAAACUGAACUGUGGUUGUUACGACUUUCUAUGUAAUGUUCUCCAUUUCAUUUGUGUUCGACGGACUCCGUACUCAGUGAAAGAGCUCAGGAUAGUGUCUCUCUGCACUCUGACAGUAGUUUCCCCACUGGCACACAGCUCUAGGGGGAGGGGGGGGGGGAUGCAUCUUCUCAUGUUACACAUUUUUUUAUGAAGGGUAUGGCUGGUUGAGAGAGCAGAGAUUUCUUCACCACUGUGAAUAUCAGUGUUUUUCUUUAUGGGUGUACAAAGUACUGUUUCUGACAAGGAUUAUUAAGACUGAGUGCUACAGUACUGCGCUUCAAUACAGUGUAACUUGUUAAAGGAGGGAAUGUGGGUAUGGAAAGGAUGGAGAAGGAUUGUGAUGGAGAUGAAUAUUCAUUAUGAAGAAUGAUGAGACUGAUUGAUUGAAGGAGCUGGACGUCUGGAAUUAUUGUGAGGUAGGUUACAAGUGUUCUGUUCUGUGUGUUAUGUUUUGUGUCAUCUGCCCACAGAGAUGAAGAGGCAUUGAUUCAGGCCUAUCAUUUUGGUGUUGGUGAUCUGCGUGUUGGUAAAAGAGUAUUUAGGUUGUCCUCUUGCAUGUUAUUGAGAUUGAAUAUGUGAAACGGAUACCAUAUUAUGGUCAAAUGGCAUCUAAAUAUGAAGAGGGAGAGCAGAUCGGCGGAAGGGCUGACCGUUUUGGGGUUUAUUUUCAUGCUGCAUUUUAGCCUGGAAGAAGUUUACAUUACCAGUAUAAUGAUGUGUAUUUAUUUAAAUGGCACUCAAAUCAACCGAAGCAUUUUCUUGACCGGCUACAGUAUGAAAUCGCUCAGUAAAUUAAGUUCCGGAAUAUACAGCAGUACACAGCUUAAAUUCAAGAAGUAAACAAACAAAUUCCAGAUCCAUCAUUCCUCAUUGAAAAGCUUUGAGGAAAAACUGAAAUUUGGAUUUAAGUUCCUGAAGUUUCCUGAAUUGAAAUGAAAUUGAGCUAAACAAACUGUAUUCGGUGCCAAGAGGCAGAGGAAUGGGAACGGCGGUUUCUGAUGUGACGGGAACGAUCAUUUCAAUGGGCUUCCUCUCUUACAGGGCCCAAAGUGAUUCCAUCAUGGUCAUCGAUCACAGUGAUUCUCAAACCUCUCCUCGGGGACCCCCGGAAGAUUCACAAUUCUGUUGUAGCCCUGAACUAGCUCACUUGAUUCACUUAGACAAGGGCUCGAUGAUUAGCUGACAAGUUGAAUCAGCUGGGCUAGCUUUAAAAUAGAUCAAAAGUGUGGGAACAGGUGCGGGUCCCCAGGAGAGGUUUGAGAACCACUGAUGAAUCGCACUGAACAUUCCAUGAGGAUUGACUUGAUCAUUCUCAUGAGCAUUGAUACAAAAAACCAAAUGAGAGGACAAGUCUUUUAAAGAGAUUCUAUAUUGAAAAGGUGCAAUGUUGAAUGUGUUGUGUAUAUUGUAAAAGAGUUGUAAAAAAUAUCCUAUUACAGUAUUUCGUUGUAAAAAGUUCUGGAAAAUCAUUUUUAAUUAAUAUUGGUAGUGUUAGAAAUAUGUGUCCUAAAUGGCACUCUUCCCUACAUAGUGCUAUACUUUUAACCAGAGCCCUAUGGGUCCUGGUCAAAAGUAGUGCACUAUAUAGGGAAUGGGGUGCCAUUUGGGAUGUAACUUAUUACAUAAAUGUCACAAUCAAACGCAUUUACGGACUUGCCUCUCUCUUUAUAUUUGUUUGUCUUUUUUUGUAUAGACGUUUCUUAUAUGAAAUAGAUUUAUUUCAAUCAACCAGGAGAUAUAUGUAAAAAAUAAAAUUGACAAUCAAUAACAACAAAAUAACUGCUCAAUUAAAAAAACUGUUGUGUAAAUAGUUCAAGGCUAUUUUAAUUUUUUUGCAAGCACUACUUUUUAAAAGCACUGCUACAAGCAAUUUUUCUCUAGCACAAAAAGUAGGCUUGUCGAAAAUCAUUUUGGACUCUUAUAUGACCACAGUACCUACAGUUCUGUGUUUUAUUUCAAAGUCAUGUUUGGAGAACUUUUUGUGACUUAAAUGAAUAUGGUGCCAUAGUGGUGACAUACUGCAGACUCACAUCCCAGAUUUGUGUUUUUAUGUUUAUGAUAAAAUUUUGUCAUUGUUCUUUUUUUAUCACGUUGAAUUUAUUUUGAUAUUCUAACACACUCAACGUUAUUGUAGAUGUAAAAAAUAAAAAAUAAAAAUCAGUUCAAAUAUAGAAUAUACUAUUUGUUCCUGGAAAUAAAGGAUUUGUGCAAUCACA